UUUUUUUUCCUCUCGCUCUCUGUUUCUUCUUUGUCUUGAUUGAUCUUACUCUGAUAGAUCCAUGGCAGAGAAGCAUUUCAAGUAUGCGAUCGUAGGCGGUGGUGUUGCGGCUGGAUAUGCUGCUAGGGAGUUUGCUAAACAAGGCAUUAAGCCAGGAGAGCUGGCAGUUAUUUCCAAAGAAGCAGUGGCUCCCUAUGAACGUCCAGCACUUAGCAAGGCAUACCUUUUCCCCGAGGGAGCUGCAAGACUCCCAGGAUUUCAUGUCUGUGUUGGGAGUGGGGGUGAGAGACUACUUCCUGAGUGGUAUACUGAGAAAGGCAUAGAGUUGAUCCUUAGCACUGAAAUAGUGAAAGCAGAUAUAGCUUCCAAGACUCUUACUAGUGCAGCUGGAGCAACCUUUAAGUAUGACGUUUUGAUAGUUGCAACUGGUUCUACAGUCAUUAGAUUGUCUGAUUUUGGUGUUCAAGGAGCUGAUGCCAAGAACAUCUUCUAUUUGAGAGAAAUCGAUGAAGCUGACAAGCUUAUAGAAGCCAUUAAGGCAAAGAAGGAUGGAAAGGCUGUAAUUGUUGGAGGAGGAUACAUUGGUCUAGAGCUUAGUGCUGUAAUGAGGAUCAACAAUUUUGAUGUUACAAUGGUCUAUCCUGAACCAUGGUGCAUGCCUCGGCUCUUCACUGCUGCUAUAGCCGCUUUCUAUGAGAGUUAUUAUGCCAAGAAAGGUGUCAACAUUAUUAAGGGAACAGUUGCAGUUGGGUUUGACACAAAUGCAAAUGGGGAGGUGAAGGCUGUCAAACUGAAGGAUGGGAGGACACUGGAUGCUGACAUUGUUGUUGUUGGUGUUGGGGGAAGACCACUUACCACAUUGUUCAAAGGACAGGUUGAGGAAGAGAAAGGUGGAAUUAAGACCGAUGGGUUCUUCAAAACCAGUGUCGCAGACGUCUUUGCAAUUGGUGAUGUGGCUACCUUCCCUAUGAAGUUGUACAAUGAUAUAAGGAGGGUAGAGCACGUUGAUCAUGCCAGAAAGUCAGCAGAGCAGGCUGUCAAGGCUAUCAAGGCAAGCGAGGAAGGGAAGUCAAUUGAUGUGUAUGACUACCUUCCAUACUUCUACUCCCGCUCCUUUGAUCUAUCGUGGCAGUUCUAUGGAGACAAUGUAGGAGAUACUGUGAUGUUUGGUGACAGUGAUCCAGCAUCGCCCAAGCCAAAGUUUGGAUCAUAUUGGAUUAAGGAUGGUAAGGUUGUUGGUGCAUUCUUGGAGGGUGGAACACCAGAUGAAAACAAGGCCAUUGCCAAAGUUGCGAAGCUCCAACCUCCAGUUCAAAACCUGGAUGAACUAGCCAAGGAUGGUCUAACAUUUGCAUCUAAGAUUUGAGAGUCCACCUUUCUACAAAGGGAAUAAAACGGAAUAACUUCCUGUUGUAUCACCCAGGCUUUACCCUUGCUAUUCAUAUAUGCUAUGGUUGUAGUAGCUGAUAGAUAUGUUUGGUUUUGUUA